AAUAAACCCCAGUUCUCCAGACUUUCAAUUCCAGCCCUUGGAUCAAGGCCCCAAUUCAUUAUAGCGGAAAUGAGCUUAUAUAUACCAUGGUUACACAGGCAAAAGUCUCUAAGCUUUCCUGUCUUAGAAGAAGAAGAAGAAGAAGAAGAAGAGCAGAAUCAGAAAGAAAGAAGAAAGGGAGCAAUGGCUUCCACUGUGAUGGUUUCCUCCGCCGCAGUGGCCUCGUCUGCGGCCAUUACCAGGACUGCUCCAUCUCAAUAUUUUGCCCCUUUCAGUGGCCUCAAGUCCACUGCUGCUUUCCCCGUCACCAAGAAGCCCACAACCGACUUCUCCUCUCUCCCCUCAAAUGGCGGUCGCGUUCAAUGCAUGAAGGUGUGGGAGCCAUACAACAACCAGAGGUUCGAGACCCUGUCUUACCUUCCCCCUCUCAACAAAAAGGCGUUGGCCAAGGAGGUCGACUACCUCAUCCGCAAUGGAUGGAUUCCUUGUCUAGAGUUCGACGUGAAAGGAUGGGUGUCCCGCGAUAACAACAGGUCGCCAGGAUACUACGACGGCAGGUACUGGACAAUGUGGAAGCUGCCCAUGUUUGGGUGCACCGACUCUUCCCAAGUCAUGGCUGAGUUAGAGGAGGCUACGAAGUCCUACCCCGAUUGUUACCAUAGGAUCAUUGGCUUUGACAACAAGAGACAAGUCCAGUGCAUCAGUUUCCUUGCCUACAAGCCACCCCCACCCCCUUCCUAAGCAAAUGGAGCAAACCCGUUCUCUUCUUCAGUGAGAGAGAGAGGACAAUUUUCUUCUUCUUCAUCUUAUUAUGUCAAGUAUCUUCUCUUUCCAUUGCUUCGGUUUUGGUUAAGAACUUGGUUGUUGGUUAGACUCUGCUUUCUUUCUUGCUUUCCUUUCUAUGCUACUCUCCAUUUGAACUGGAUGAGGAGGGAUAAGUUUGUUACUUGUUCUGUGCCGGGAAUGAACGGCUAAGCUUCGGCUUUGCAUUCGCAUUUAAUAUAUGUUGUUCAUUGUUGAAUACUGCGGCUUCUCGUUCCCAAGCCAAUUUCCAUUUUUAAUAGGAAGCUCGGCAAUGUCUUUCGCU